UAUUUCGUGUGUUUACGGGAUUCCGUAAAAAAAGUGGGAAAGUGUUGUUAUCAGUAAUUUUCCAUUUUUCAGUUGUUUACUAAAACUUUGAAAGUUGUCAUGGAAGUUGGAAUUUUUUGAUAAGCCUGCCAAGCAAUGGCAAACGUGAGAGACAGUGAUACUUCUCUGUGGCUUCACAAUAAGCUUGGAACAUCCAAUGACUCUUGGACAGGAGGCUCAAUAUGCUCUCAAUUGAAUGCUGAAGUUUUAAGAAAUAUCAAAGAAUGCUUUCCUGACUUACAAACUCAAGUCAAACUCAAACUACUCCUGUCUUUUUUUCACAUUCCUCGAAGAAAUGUAGCCGAAUGGAAAUCUGAAUUAGAAGAAAUUCUGGAGGUUGCCCUAAUUGAUUCUGAGCAAUGGGUUUCGAUGCUUGCUGAAAUGAUGAAGACGUACCCAGCCACUGGAACUCUUAAUACCAACAUCUGUGAGCUAGAAGAGAAUAAACGAAUUUUCUCCGAUCUGGUCAAUGAUUUAAAAAAAUUGGUGCGCAAACAAAAUGAUCUCGGAAUGUUGCCGUUGGAGUGCCAUUAUCUCAACAAAUCUGCGCUUGUGAGCAGUGUUGGCCAACAGUCUGGACCACCAAAACACUUUACAUUAAAACGUAAGCCUAAAUCAGCUGCCCUGCGAGCUGAGCUCAUGCAAAAAUCGGCAGAUGCAGCUAGUAAUUUGAAGAAAAGUGCUGCAACUACCGUACCCGUUCGAUCAAGAGGGAUGCCGAGGAAAAUGACUGAUACAACUCCAUUGAAAGGAAUUCCAAGUCGAGUGCCAGAUGGCGGCGGUUUCAGAUCCUUGCCAACAGCUUCUCCAGUUUUACCGAGAGGUCCUUCAAUUCGGAAAGAUGGUGGUAUCAAACUGUUAGAUAUCACGGAGCAACCUAUAGGAUAUGCCCAAGCUAAAAAGCGGAAAAGGAUGCAAGAAUUGGAAGAUGCAAAACGUGCAGCUGAAUUGGCACAAGCAGCUCAACCUGCGACUCAGGUCACAGCAGCACCUGCCACGCCUGCAACACCUGAUUACGCAGCAGGGUUGACACCUCUCAAUCCUCCAACACCCUUGCAACCCCCAGCAACCCCUGGUGUCUACGCUCCACCAACACCUUCUAAUCCAAUGACGGUCACGACACCAAUUAAAGAACCAACCACAAAUGUCAGUGCAACCCCACCAGUAUCAAUCAAAACAGAAGUUAUAAUGACUUCUCCGCAAACUCCAAGCUCUGUGGCUUCCACUAUCGUUCAACCACAGUCGCAUCUAGUUACGCAUCAACAACUAUCACAACAGCAACCGCAACCACAACACCAGCAGCAACAGCAACAACAAUCGCAGAUACAGCAACCGCAACCUCAACCGCAGUUGACAACGCUGACUCAAGUCUCUUCCGCGCAAACUUCGCAGCUACAAGCAUCAACACCUCAACAAACGCAGCCAACCGUACAGAACGUCAUCUUCAGAUCUCCUCACAUUACUCAGCUCACCAUUGCACCACCCAGCAUCUCGCAACAGACCAAUUUGGCCCUUACAAGGGAGCAAAUGAUAGAAGCGCAAGAGAUGUUCCAGACAGCAAACAAGGUCACAAGACCGGAAAAAGCCCUAAUUCUUGGUUUCAUGGCUGGUUCAAGAGAGAAUCCAUGUCCGCAGUUGGGUAACAUCGUGACAAUUAAAUUGAGUGAAAACUUGGAAAAUGUCCUUCAGCAAGACAAGACUUACUUGACGAUGUUGGUGGAAACCCACUUCCAAAUGAAUUACAACACUGGUGAAUGGAAACGGAUCAAAAAGUUCCGCAACAUUGAUGCCAACCAACUGGCGCAGCAAAGAGCAGCGGCUGCAGCGGCAGCAGCUGCUCAAGCCGCAGCCCAGGCUAACCAUCCACACUAAAGAAUGUCCAAGUAUCAAAGGCAUUUUAUGUUUACCUGUCUAGAAAAGAAUAUAGUUUUUUUUUUUUUGUUUUAAGCUAGAGAUGUUUGUAGCUGUCGUUGUGCUCAGAGCUCAUUUAGUCUGUGAUAUUGAAACAAUUUCAACCCCUUAAUUACUCAAAGAUAAAUCUUACUGUGUACAAGUCUACAUACUUACUCUCGCAUCUUAUUUUAUUUAUUUAUUUUUUUUUAAUUUUUUAAACAUCCUGUGCAACCUUGCAAGGUAUAAACAAGUUGAAUAUACUGGAAGUUUAGUGAUGCAGCAGGUUAUAUUGUAUGAGGGUUUUACCUUUUUUUUCCUCUUUAUUUUUUUAAGCAGCCUGAUACUUCGAAUUUUUUUUUAAUUUUAUGUUCUGCUCUAUUUUGCAGGAAAAACUGUCGAGCUAUCAUUAUGAUUCAUAAAAACUCCUUUGUAUAUCUAAGUUCCGGUCAUAUUUCUGGACAGAAAGCAUACUGCUAAUCAUUUUUGCUCUUGUGUUUUCAAUUUUUCUGAGAAAAUAAUAUUCGUAAAAUUAUACAAUUUUUAUCAGAAUUUCACCAGGUGAAUCGAAAGAGAAUAAAUAAUUACCUACAUUUCAUCUCUCACCUUACCAUCUAUUAUCGUAAUAUCUUCAUGAACGCAGGGUACUUACUUUAUACGAAUCCUAAUUUUUGUUAUCCUUGAUUUGUUUCCUUCAAUCUUAAUACAGUUUCCCUUUUGACCCACCCUCUCAUUCAGUCGCUAAAGAGAUUUAGAGGUACAGAAAUACACUACUUACAAAAUGGGAAAUACUCAGCUUGUAUUGAGUGCGAAUAAACUUGAGAAGUGUUCUUAUAAUUUUCAUGAAAAAUCAAUGAAUUGCUGUUGGAGACUGUGACAAUUAGUCUCCUUUUCUUUUUUCUCUCAUAGAUUUUCCAAAGGAAAUCAUGUAAAAAAAAAAAAAAAAAUUUUAUCGUCAUGUUUAACACUGCUUGCACCCUCAAGUUGCUAAAGGGAUUCAUAAGUCCCUGUUUUCCUUAUGAUUUUUAACUUCCUGAAAAACAUCCAUUGAAUAUUAUUUUAUUUAAAUUUACCAAAGAAAUAAAAAACAGUUAAUCACAAGCGCCAAAAUGGACACUCAAUUUUACUUUUCUCCGCACAUACAGAUUUUUUGUCACAUGUUUGUCUGUUUGUCUUAUAUUUCCCAAACAGUCUCUUGUCAAUUUUGUACAGUAACAUAUUUUUCUAAAAAUUAAAGUGGAUUACUUACCAGUGUUAUCAAUAAAACAGUCGGUCGGCCUCCUAUGGUGUAGUGGCUGUAGUGCUAGCUCUAUGAUCGGGAGGUCUUGAGUUCGAUUCCCGGCCAGGCGACCCAAGUUUGAUAGUCUCAAAUAAUGGUUGCCUGGGACUGGAUGUAGGGAUGGAGGGGGACAGGACUAAAGCGCAAAGAUUAGCACUUGUGGACUAUUUGAAGUAGGAAAAAAAAAAAUUACCUAAAGCAGAUGAUGCGAGUGUCUAAACAUGUAUUCCAAAUUUCAAGUUCUUUUUGUGUUUAUAAUAGCUAUGAUUAAAUCUUUCCGUUUUACAUUGGUCUUAUUGAUAUUAGUUCUUAUUUGGCUCUUAUGUUAAUUUGACCGGAAGGUGACAAAAUGGCGCUUGUGAUUCUUUGGUGGGAAGGUGACAAUAAACUGAUCAUUCUUUGUUCUUUGAAGAUGAAAGAUUUUUUUGUCACAUGUUUGUCUGUUUGUCUUAUAUUUCCUAAACAGUCUCUUGUGAAUUUUGUACAGUAACAUAUUUUUCUAAGAAUUAAAGUGGAUUACCUACCAGUGUUAUCAAUAAAA